AUGAGCGGUACCAAUCCUGCAACGGGGACCAAAGAGCAGGUACUUCGACGAGGACAAGGGCAGGGUCAGGGCCAGGGGGUGCAGCAGCCGUCCGUUGGCGUUGGCAGUGGUCAGGCAGGACGAAUACAGCCACACAGGGCGUAUCCGAGCGUCGAAAUGGGUGAUCCGGAGCCCAGGGCAGACCAGGAUCCGCAGCAGAUGGAGCACCGGUGCUCGUCAUACUCGGUCGGCGACCGCAGCUCGAGCGGAAACGUCUUGGAUGGACUUGACGAGUGGCUGGACAUGGACAGCUUUCUCAACCCAGGAUUGACGGCGCCGCUAGAGAAUCUUGACGGCAGCUUGGAGAUGUUGAACGAGGCGAUGGAGGAUUCUUUGUCUGGGCACGCUAGUAGUCCUGCUGGUUUGGACGAUAUGGCCUCUGGCACCUCGCCUAGCAGCUUUCCUAACGCAGAUAACCUGGUGCAGGCGUUGAUGCCCCCACACGACGUCGUCUCGCCGCUGGCUUUGGAUAUCCCAUCCACACGCCGCCAGCCAUCAGCAUCGGCCACAAAUGGUGAUUCUACAGGACAAGAUUCACUAUCCCUGACGCCCAGUUUGGGCCGCUGGUCAGGCCAGCCCCCAACCAUCCUCAACAACAUCCGGCCGUCACCCGGAUCGCCGGAUCGCCUAAAGCCCAGUCUAAUGUUUGACCCACACACAAAGGGCCCAGUACCAGCAGCACCGGCGGCAUCCUCACCAAGCUUAACCCGUCGAUCGGAUGCCAAAGACGGCUGCCCCUGUCUGCACCUUAUGGCCUGCCUGCUCGAGGAGCUCGGUGCAGAGAGCGCGAGCAGUGACCAAGCUACAAUGGACCUGCUGCUAGGCUACUUACGCUGUGCGUUGGUGCGCUGUAGUACUGUCUUGGAUUGCGAGCGGUGCACAUCGCUGAGUGAUAAUAACAUGCUGCUGGCCAUGGUGGGGCAGUAUAUGAGCACCAUCUGCGAGCGCAUGGUCAUGUGCUACAUUGGGUUGCAGGGGGCACAGGAGCAGCGGCAGAGUAAGCAGCAACCGUCGGUAUCGUCAUUGCUUGCUGGUGUUGGCGGCACUGGUGGUGAUCAGGAGGACGGGAAUGGUGGCACAAGGUCAGGGUCUGGAGUACUUGACGCCGACGAAAUAUGGUUUUCCACGUACCGCAUUGAUGACGGCUGGGAGCGCAUGCAGGUACUUCAAUGCCUAGCUAGUGUUCAACUCAUAGAGUUUUCCCGAAUGUUGGAAAAGCUCAAGGCGCGAGGGGGUAGUCACAGGGGACACCUGGUGCUGCUGACCGAGGCUGAGAAGCGGAUCAAGGCGGUGCAGUUGAUGCUGCGAACCAAGUUGAAUCGCCCAUCAGCCGGGAGAAUAUCGUCCUCGUAG